AUGAAAUAUCACACUUUAGCUAAAUCGAUCGCUGGUCUUGCAUUAUGCUACCUGGAAACCGCCAACGCAGCUCCAGCAGAAGACUCAUUUGUCACUGAGAUGCUCGCCUCCAUCAGCUCUCUUUCUGCCGAAAUUUCAAGCGAAUAUGGGUCAACUGACUCUGAAUAUAAUCCUAUAUUGUCUUUUGAAUCAUCAUUGAUUGUUAACAAGCCUUCAGUCUUGAAAAGUUUCAUCAGUGUGGUAAAAUCAGUAGAAAGUGCUGGUGGGGAAUUGUACGGUGAAGCGGUCGAGUCUGCUGCCGAAGUCUUUAUUGAGGAAGUUGGAACAAUUCCAUCUUAUGGAAUCGCCCCAUUACUCGAAGGGAUGGCUGGUGAUUACGGUACUGAUUACAGUACUGAUUUCACCGACACCUAUGAUGCUGAAGAUUCUACAAUUGUGAGCUCAACGACUGCUAGUAAUGGUACCACCAUUAUUUCAGGAUCUUCUUCUUCAAUCAACAUCACCACUACUUCGACCGAAAGCUCUGCUUCUGGCUCAGCUUCUGAAGCUUCUAGUACCCAUAAGGGUUCAAAGACUUCUUCUAGCUCUUCCGAAAGUUCUAGUGGUUCCAGCAGCAAGGUAGACACCCCACAAUCUGGAAUGGGUGUUCAAUUUGCGGCAGUUGGAUACUCAGCAUUCUUUGCCAGUGUUGUUCUUGCUCUUUUCUAA